CUAAUUGCGCAUAACCAUCACAUUGAUGACAUCCACCGUCCACGGCGCAUCCAUCAGAAAAGGAGGUGAAAUGAAAACAAACAUCAGGACGCUGCACCGGAACAGCUCAUCUUUGUGUUGCUGUUUCAUCUACCAUGCGGGGACUCUGGACAUCAGGCAUGCUGCAGGAUCCGGGAAGGUGUAUGGAUUCUAUUGCAAUUUGAACGUUGCGAUGCGGUGAGGUCUGUGCCCCGCAUCGCAACGGGCCGCAGAUAACCCUGUCCAUUCUCGACCGGAUUUGGAUAAAAAGAAGCUGCUGCCGUGCUCAGUACCGUCCCCAUUUCGAUCUCUAUAUAUCACGCUCCCAACAUUCCCACGACAACCACAACAUCCAACCACUGCAACACCAACACCAACAAAAACGAUGAUACACCCCACCAUCCCCGCCCUCUUCCUCCUGGCGGCCAUCCCAGCCGUGUUAGGACUGGAGGACCCCCGCACAACAAAAGUGAAGCAAGAUCUUCUGGAAUUCUGCAGCUCCCUUGGUGGAGCACAAGGCGCCCAAGGUCAGAACUGUUUCGACAUCUCUGGCAAGUUUGCGUCUGCAACCCUCGCGGCCAAGGCCAAAGCACCAUGUGAGCGCACACAAAGGGCGCAAGAGAUUCUGGACAACUUCGGCAACCAGCCAGGGGCAGCGACGAUUGCUGAUGCUAUGGCCACCGCUCCCAUCAACGUCCUCCCUCCAGCGGAGCUACCAGGUCUCGAAAUCGCAUGCGACACCCCUCUCUCGGGCGGUCAAGACGCUGGCGCUGCCGCACCCGCCGUUGAUCAAGGUGCUGCCCCCGCACAGGAAACCGCUGUAGGGGCCGCCCCCGUAGAAGGUACAAACACGGAUGCCGCUCCCGCGGCCGAAAACACUGCGGUCGCGAAGAAGGGCAAGGGCAAAGGCAAGAAGGGCAGAGGCAAGAAGGGAAAGAAUGCCGGUGGUCAACGUGCUGGCGCAGCCGCACCUGCCGUUGAUCAAGGCGCAGCCACAGCCGCACCCGCAGUUGAUCAAGGUACUGCCGCUCCCGCCGUUGAUCAAGGUGCUGCCCCCGCAGGAGAAACCGCUGUAGGUGCCGCCCCCGUUGACGCCGCCAACCCCGAUGCCGCCGCCGGAGCCGACACUGCCGUCGUAAAGAAGGGCAAGGGCGGAAAGGGUAGAGGCAAGAAGGGAAAGAAAGCUGGUGGUCAAGCCGCUGACGCAGCCGCAGCCGCAGUUGAUCAAGGUGCUGCCCCCGCAGCAGCAGCGGAAAUCGCUGUUGGUGCUGCCGCCGCUGACGGGACAAACCCCGGUGCACGCGAACCCGGUGUAGGCGCCGUCGCCGUCGACCCCAAUGCCGCAGCCGCACCCGCCGUCGAAACCGCCGUAGGAGCAGCCGCCGGUGACAUCGCCACGGCAACCGAAGCAGCUGCAGGAGCUGAAAACACCGCCGCCGCAAAGAAGAAGGGCAAAGGCAAGAAGGGCAAGAAGGGAAAGAACGCCGGUGCCAACGCUGUCGCAAAGAACGCCGCCGCUAAACAGGCCAAAGGAAACAAAGCGGGUGCCGCUGGCGCCGCCGAGAAGGCAAAGGGCGCGAAAAAAGCUAAAGGAAAGAAAGCCCAAGCUAAAGCCGCACAAGAUCAAGUCGCGAAUGCAGAAGGACUAGCCAAACGCGACCCGGCGCUUCCCUGCCUCGACACCGAGCCCGCGAUCUCUACCCGCGGUCUGACCCGUCGCGGUCGACACAACCGACGCGAGCUGGCGGCCGUCACUGAAACGGCACAGGAGGUUCCAGCUGCCCAAGAAGAACCCUGCGAUGAAGCCGAGAAGAACAAUCUCGACGACCCGUGCGAAGACGACGACCAAGCCGAUCUCGCUGCCCGUGAAAUGGAGGAGCCCUGCGACGAUGUCGCCGAGAAUCUCGUUCAGCCCUGCGACGAUGACGCCGAAUGAACAAGUCACUCUCCCCACACAUCUGUUUCACCCACAUCCCUGUAAAUAUCCAUCGUUUUGGUGCCAUUUUCCAUCUCUCGGUCGUCCUGUAUAUAUUCAUAUCUAGACCUAGAGUGGUUGGGCUUGUAUAUACAAAUCUCUGACGGCGUAUUCAAUGAAAACUCCCUUGUACAUACUACUCACACAUCGGUCAGACUUUUGGGAUUGGCGCCGUAGCUGGCGGAGUGAGACUUGCGUCGUGACGUGAGCGCGUUUCGUCCAGCGUGUUCUGCAGUGGCUCAUAG